AUGAUUUUGGUUGAUGGAUGUGAAGUAAAAAGAAAGUAUUUAGAUAUUAUUCAAGAAAUUAUUUAAUUAUUGGAAAGAAAUAUUCAUGAUUACAUUAUGACAACUAAUAAAAGAAUUAGCAAAGAAAUUUAAGCUCUUUAAGAUAAUAUUUAAGGUAGAGCUGAUACAACUGAAAGAUUGGUUGAAUUGGAAGCAGUUUGA